UGACUUGUAACCCUCUAGAUGUGCGGUCGAAACAAAUAUGGCGGCCUCCAUGAGAAGGUUGCUCUCGAAGCACAAUAAUGCUUUUAAUGUAUCUGCCUUGUUGACAAACCUGCCCUGCUGUCCUGCAUACAAUCAUGUCCCCGUGGUGUUUAAAACGAACAAGCACUGGGACCCAAAGUUCAAAAGCAGAAGACGAGAAAAGAUGAUAAGGAUUCUAAAAACACCCAAGGAGAAGGCUAGAUUCGAGGAAGAAUAUCAGAGACUAUACAAUAUAUAUAACCCUCGGAUGAGCGAUCCCAAAGAUAAUAAAAUCUCCAUUCAGGAAACAAAGACUGUGUUUGACAGAUAUGUGCCACCAGAAGGCGAUGGCAAGGAGUCCAUUCUCUCAACAGCAGGAGUUUCCACGAGAAUGGAUAAUCUUAAGCGUAAAGGACUGACAUGGUGGCAGGACAUGCGAUCCAUCAAGAAAUACGAAGAGAACUUCUCCGUGAAGACGAUAGCAUCAGAAUUAGUGGAGGUCUAUAUAGAGGCUCACAAUAUCCUGCCAAUGUACAAGCAGAAACUAAACAGAUUUCAUGAGCUUGUAACAGCACACUGUGCCGAGAAAAUGACCAACCGUAUGGAGCAAGUGACCAUGCGCUGGCAGUAUCAUGAGGCCAUAGAGGUGCCCAGGGUGGUCAACAUAAAGGCCAGGAACUUCAUCAUCAAGGACAACAUGUUUGCCCAGGUCACAGUCCGCAUGCACACAAAACAGACCCUAGCUGUAUAUGACCAGUUUGGAAGAAUCAUGUAUGGCAGUGAACACUACCCUGUGAAUGUGCUGGAGUAUAUUGUAUUUGAGAAGAACAUUUCGGACUCAUAUGGUCGCUGGAGACUACAUGAUAAGAUAAUACCUAAGUGGGCCACAGAACCAGCAACGUCCCAUGCUUCCAAGAGAAUGGAUAGCGGGUAUGCGAAAUCAGUUGACGACGUGCUGGAAAAUUGAUUAAAGGUUGAAACAUAAGAGAACAAAAAUUGAAACAAAAGAUAAGAAGGCUGUUGCUCUCUCAUGAUGUAUUAAAAGAUAGAUAUGGGCAGGUGAUGGUGAAAUUAGUUAAAUAAUAAAAAAUAUAUUAAUUGAUGAAUUUUCAUGUCCCCCACACACUAUAGUGGGGGACAUAUGGCUUAAAGCAAAAUAAGCGUGACACUAAAAAGAAAAAUGUUUUUACAAGUGGAAAUAAUAUAGAUGUUUCUAUUUGCUGAAACUUCAAAUUUUAUGAAAUAUUGUGAAAUUAGUUAAAUGAUAAAAAAUAUAUUGCUUGAUGAAUUUUCAUGUCCCCCACCCACUAUAGUGGGGGACAUAUGGCCUAAAGCAAAAUAAGCGUGACAUUUUGUAAAAAAAAUAA